CUGACCAGGCUCCCUGCCUCUCUCUGGCCGUGGUCACGCCCUGCCCCUCAACCCCCUCCAUCUUGAAGGGGCGGGAGAAAGGCUGCUUCUCCUCUCCUGGGCCAGCCUCUGAGCCACAGCUAGGCCAGGGCUGAUAAGAGUUUGCAGCUACCCCUUUCCAUACCUGCAGACCCGACAGAGCCACCGGCAUCACCAUGAAGGAUGAAGUGGCCCUUCUGGCCACUGUCACCCUCCUGGGAGUCCUGUUGCAAGCCUACUUCUCCCUGCAGGUGAUCUCGGCGCGCAGGGCCUUCCGCGUGUCGCCGCCGCUGACCACCGGCCCACCAGAGUUCGAGCGCAUAUACAGAGCCCAAGUGAACUGCAGCGAGUACUUCCCGCUGUUCCUUGCCACGCUCUGGGUGGCCGGCAUCUUCUUUCACGAAGGUGCGGCGGCGCUGUGCGGCCUAGCCUACUUGUUCGCGCGCCUCCGCUACUUUCAGGGCUACGCGCGCUCAUCACAGCAAAGCACUCGGUCCCUGCCAUCUAGAAUAGCGGAGGUGUUUGGGGCACGCUGCCAUAGACGUGGGCCGUGUCCUUGCGAUAGCGCUUUCAAGAAAAAGUCCCGGUGCUUUGAGGGACCAGACUCCGCGGGGGGGGCGAGGGGCACGGUGACUACUGGCCGGAAAUAACGUCAGAAAAGAAAAAAAGGUGACUUGUAGCCAAGUCGGCAGGGGAGAAGCUUUUCAAUCAGGGCAACAAUGAGGGCAAUGGCCCCCAAGUGUACAGGAGUCCCUAAAAUGUGUCAGAAACUGUGUAAGGGUGAGCGGGGCCUUGGGGGCCCACGAGGGCAAGACUGAGACCAGCGAAGGAGGAACAAGGAGGUGGGGAGAUGUCUUGGGUUAGAAAGGCCCCCACCUCAGGCAGUUGGGGUGGGUAAUGGAAGGUAGCAGCGUUUGAGGGUCCUUGUGGAGUCUGCGGGGCCAGGGCCUCAGAUUCCACAGGGCUCCACCCAUGAGCAUGCAGAUCCUCCAAGUUGUCCCAGAACCUAGACCAAACUGUCCUGGGAAAAUGGGAUUAAGGUAGUAAGGAGCUGUGCAGAGGUUGCAGCAGGGUGACAUCACCUGGCCGCUGCCCCCCUCCACCAGCUGGGGCUCAGAGCACCAGGCAGGAGGCACAUACUUUGUUAACCCUUUAUUACAAGUCACGUUCUUAUAGAAGUAUAUGUGGACUUAAGUGAAAAAAUCAAAUGUAUCCAAGAAUAAAAAACACAGCACAUAAA